UCGCUCCCUCCCUCUUCGCCUUUUGUUGCGGCCCCUCACUUUCUCAACACUUGGCCAGAGGGAACUGAUACUGCGCCUGGACCACUGUGAAUGACUUGUUUGAGUGCCUUGUCUCCACUCCAGAGCUUUGUGGAUUGAACCGUGCGUGAACAUGACUGAUGAGACUUCGUAGCACACUCCCCACGAUGCGCAACGCAAACUGAUGGAUUCAGGCCCUCUGGGUAGACCGUCGAAACAAGCAGGACACCAUACUUCACCACAGUGACAGAGUGCUUGUGAGAACAACUUUGAGCAACAAAUGUGCGGUUGGAUUGGGAUUGUUUGUCUGGCCCGCCUUUGUGCAGCUAAAAGAUACGAGAGGAAAAUCAUCUCCUGGGUUCAGCUGUUGUACUGACUAAGGAACUGAAACAAGGUUUUUCCUGCGCUCUGUCAGCGUCCUGCGCCGCGUUCCUUCCCAUGGACCUCCGGGUGGGAGAGCGGGGGACCCCGCUGCACCAGCCACUGCUCCUCACACCCUUCUCCCCACAAGGCCGCAGCUCCUUCUCCCAGCAGCAGCAGCUGCAUCAGCAAAUCAGGUUUAACAUGGAGCAGAGGAGACGGGAGCAGGAGCACCAUGAGAAACAUCAGGAACUGCAACAGCUAAUGCACAAAGACAGAAGCCAGCAGAGCGCUGUGGCGAGUUCGGCGGUGAAACAGAAACUCCAGGAGGUGAUUCUCAAGAAGCAGAAACAGGCGGCGCUUGAAAGAACAAACUCAAACGCCUUGAAUGCACAUCCUGUACCCUACAGAAAGCUUGGUCCAGACCCCAACGUUCCCGUCCAGCCUCUGGUCUCAUCUCCACCACAACAUCCAUCUGACGGCCUGGAGGGGACGCCACUGCGCAGAGCAGCAUCAGAGCCCAACCUGAAGGUGAAGCACAAGCUGAAGAACCACCUGAAAACACGAAAGAGUCCGCUCACCCGCAAGGAAAGCGCCCCGCCUACCAUCAAGCACCGAACGUCGGACGUGCUAGACUCUUCCCCCAGUAGUAGCAGCACUCCAGUCUCUGGCUGUAGUUCUCCUAAUGACAGUCUGCCCAAUGAGAAUGGACUGCUGCCCCCUGCAGGCGGGCCUCUGCAUGAGGCUCAGAAGUUGCUGCUCAGAGAUGGGACCUUGUCUAACUUCACCAUCCAGAAUCCAUCCACUCUGCCCACCAUCACUCUGGGACUGCCAGUCAACCCCAGGGCUGAGGUGGAGCUCUCCUCGCUGAAGGUGGGCCGUAUUCCCGUGGUCACUGCCGGGGGCUCGCCUGUCUUCCUGCCGCUCAGCAGAGACGACCAGGCGGGCCAGAUGAACCCACACCUGCCUGUCAUCAUCCUGGAGCCUUCUGGACUCAUGCAUACUCUGGGUGCAGUGCCGGGCCUCGACCCUGUCCCUUUGCAGUUUGCGCCGCAGUUAGACCGGCUGUCUCCAGGGGGCGUUCAGGCCCACAAGCCGCUGAGCAGAACCCGCUCAGAACCCCUUCCCCAGAGCCCGCGGGCCCUCCACAACCAUCUCCUCCAGCAGCAGCACAACGCACAGCUGCUGGAGAGGCUCAAGCAGCAGACGCACCUGGGAAAGCUGAUGUCCAAGUCCAGCGAGAAACCCAGACUGCAUCAGAUCCCGUCUGAGGAUAUGGAUUCUGAGGAUGGCGGUGGAGCUUCACCUACGGAGACCAGCUACCAGAGCAGAGUGCGGGCAGAGUCACUGAGGGAGGCGGAGCCAACUGGAUCCAAAGCCCAUGAAGAGCAAAUCAACCUACAGCAUGCGCUCAUUCUCAACCAGUCGUUGCUCUAUGAACAGCAGAAGCAGCUGCAGCAGAUGCAUCAGCAGAUGGAAACCCUGGCUGUGCCUGUGUUCCGCGGCGGCGGGCCGGCCUGCGGGCCUGGCGUUCAUCGGGCGUUGUCUCGUACACGCUCGUUGCCAGCCUCCACCUCGCUCACUCCACCUGAGAACACCCUGAGCCUGACGCCGCAGGACGCUGUCAGCAAACCCCGCUUCACUACCGGGCUAGUUUAUGACUCUCAGAUGCUAAAACACCAAUGCACAUGUGGAGACAACAGCAGUCACCCAGAGCAUGCUGGGAGAAUACAGAGCAUCUGGUCACGACUGCAAGAGAGAGGCCUGAGAGGGCAGUGUGAGAGUAUCCGCGGUCGGAAGGCCAACCUGGAGGAGCUGCAGUCGGUCCAUACGGAGCGCCACGUGUUGCUUUACGGCACAAACCCCCUCAACAGACUGAAACUGGACAACCGCAAACUGGCUGGAAUCCUUUCGCAAAGGAUGUUUGUCAUGUUGCCAUGCGGCGGAGUCGGGGUGGACAAUGACACCAUCUGGAAUGAGUCACAUACUUCUACAGCAUCACGCAUGGCGGCGGGCAGCGUCGUUGAGCUGUCAUUCAGGGUGGCCAAAGGAGAGCUCAAGAACGGCUUUGCUGUGGUCAGACCGCCAGGACAUCACGCAGAUCCCUCCAACCCAAUGGGUUUCUGUUACUUUAACUCUGUUGCCAUAGCUGCCAAGCAGCUCCAGCAGAAGCUCAAUGUCAGCAAGAUCCUCAUCGUCGACUGGGAUGUUCACCAUGGUAACGGCACCCAGGAGGUGUUCUACAGCGACCCCAGCGUUCUGUACAUUUCUCUUCAUCGCUACGAUGACGCAAACUUCUUCCCUGGCAGCGGUUCACCAACUGAGGUCGGUUCUGGAGCCGGCGAGGGCUUCAAUGUGAACAUAGCCUGGACCGGAGGCUUGGAGCCACCCAUGGGAGAUGCCGAGUACCUCGCUGCGUUCAGGUCUGUGGUGAUGCCCAUCGCCCAGGAAUUCUCUCCAGAUGUGGUUUUGGUGUCGGCUGGGUUCGACGCAGCUGAGGGGAACCCUGCUCCUCUGGGCGGGUACAAAGUCUCUGCCAAGUGCUUUGGCUUCCUAACCCGCCAGCUCAUGUCCCUCGCUGGAGGCCGUCUGAUUCUGGCCCUUGAGGGAGGUCAUGACCUCACAGCCAUCUGUGACGCAUCUGAAGCCUGCGUCAGUGAACUACUGGGUAUACAGGACACAAUGCCAGAGGAUGUUCUGCUCCAAAAACCCAACGCCAAUGCAGUGCGCUCCCUCCAGACUGUGAUAGAAAUACAAAGUCAGUACUGGCAGAGCGUGAAGGCCCACAGCGGAUCGGUGGGCAGGUCAUACGUUGCCGCUCAGAGUAAGGACUGCGAGGAGACGGACGCCGUAAACGCUUUGGCCUCGCUCUCUGUGGGAGUCAUCUCCAACAAGAGGCUCCUGGACGAGCCGAUGGAUCACGAAAGCAACUCCAUGUAGGAGAACUCGCAGAAAUUCAAGAAAAAAAAAACGUGCCUCAACAACCACGGGUUCUCCAUGGCUCUGUCUGGGUUUUUUGCAAUGCCUCUGAGCCCUUUACAUUCCUCCCCACACCAUUUAGCCUUCUUCACACUCAACCACACCAGCCGACACACAAGAUCGAACCUCAGAUCUGGUAACCAAUUGUAGCACUACCUGCAGCUGAGAAACCUUGGGAAACCUCACCAAAGAGCAAUACAAGUCCACUCUGACAGACUCCUCAUAUCUCCUGACUGACAGCCACUCAAAGAGCUAUGGGAGACAAAAAAAAUAAAUAAAUAAACAGCUGGGAUUCUCCUUGAAGCACUGUGCACCAGCCGCCUAUUUGAUGCCUUAACUUCACCCCUGUGUUUUUUUUUUUUUUUUUGUAAAGCCCCCACAUCAGGUUUCACAGUGAGGAGGACUUCACAUGUGAGAGCUAGUGCAAACGCUGAGCAAAUGCUGAGCAACAGGACGAUAAAUGGACACACCGCGUUGGACACCCGAUGGGUCAACACACGACAGCAUCGCAACAAAGACGGCGACAAAGAGAAAUCAUAGUUUAACCACUAGACCAUGACGGUAAAGAACUCAAGGAAAGAGAGUGAAUGAAGACACAAAAUGGACAACUGUGGUUUUUAUGAAAAAAAGGACAAUUGUCCUUUGUUGUUUUAUUGCACUGUUCAGUCCUUAAUGUGAACCAUAAGAAAUUCCAAAGCUCUGGGAUCACACAAUUCCUCUUUGUAGUUUUUUUUCCCCGAAAAUCUGGGUAAAAUAGCGUUUGUUAUAUUGUUUUCAAAUUCUUUUUUUUUUCCUUUCUCACUCUUUUUAUGCUGGCCGAAAUACUGUAGAGUUGUAUUUCUUGCCAACUAAACCAUAAAAGUAGGCGAGAAUUAAUUUUUUUCACUGCUGUUUAGCGUCUUAUUCUGUCUUGCAUACAGACAUAAAACUCAUUCCGACAUGUACAAAGAAAAGACAAACUGUUAUUGUACCACUAGUAUUGAUUGCUAUAUGUUGAUGUUUUAUUUUUGAGACUAAAGGCGUGAUCAUUCCACCCUGGCACCACUGAAGACUAUUGUAUUGUUCUAUAUAAGCAGUACUGUUGAAGCACUUAUGAUGACUAGAGAUGCACCGAUCAGAUUUCUGUGGCCAAUUUCCGAUAUCCAGUUUUAUGUAAAGCUCCCACCUACUAAUGUCAAUGUGACCCAAUUCCACUUUCUGUUUAAAACCUCUUUUAUUAUUUUGAAGUAUGUUGUACAUUCAGUACAGCAAAGCAAGACAAAAUCAGCAAACACAAGCAGGCAUGUUGGGUUUUUGUGGUUGAUCUAAAGGACCAACCACAAAAACCACAAAAAUGAAAGCAUAGUGUUGAUAUGACAUUGCUGAUGUUGGGGCCAUAAAUAAAUCACUAAAGUCUUUAAACAAAGGGUUAUAUAAGAUGAUACUGAAAUGGAAUAUGGAGGCAUAAACUUUGUAGAUGAGGUUCUGUGAAACAAUGAACUAGAAAAGCAUCAACACUUUCAGUCAAUCUGUACGGUUGAUCCCAGGUGUUCCCUGGGGUUAAGGACCAUGAACACAUGAGACGCCCUCUAAACAUACCUAUAGCUGCCUAUUUUAAUAAUUGAAACAUCAACUAAUAUAUGUUAUAUAAUAUACAUUGAAAGCAUCUUAGGAGCUAAUAUUGCAGUCCUCCUUAUUUUCACCCUUUGGGGUUUUACCCAAUUACCCUCACAAAAAAUAAAUACCACUCCUGGAUUAGCUGUUAUACAGAAAACAGCCAGUUACAGCUUCCCAAGCUUCUUCUUUUGAAUAUAUUGAGUAUUAUAUUCUUUUGAGGAAAAAAAUUGCAUUUAGCUUUGGAUGAUAGUGCAGGAGGACCUCCUCAGUUGAAUCACACUUAUCAAGCCUGGAGGAUGGUGAAGGUAAGCUCAGGUUAGCCUCGGCUAAUGAAGCUUUGAGAACCUGUAAUUAAAAGCCUGCAUGGGUGAGAGAACACUCGCUGUAAUAUGGGCUUUUCACUAUUUUAAAACAAUGCUGAAAUCAUUUCAGAAUUGUUAUUUAGCUUUUAGCUUCCUGUAUUAGCAAUUAACAUGAUUAGCACUGGUAAACAAUCAAUCAUAGUUCCUUUCAAGGAGCUCCUACUUUUGUGCUUCAUUUUUCUUAAAUUUUAAACACUUCACAGAGAACAGAAGUUGCUAACUUUGAGGAUUCUAUUCUUAAGAAACAACUUCCACACCAAAGAGAGUUGUAAUUAGCAACAGGUGUGGUUGGGGGGGGGACGAGCUGAAUUUCGGACAUUCCAGCCACAAGCCGAUUUUUUGGUGCAUCUCUAAAUACAACCCAAAGAAAAAUCUGCCUUAAAGCGACAAACUUUUUGCUUGAUGACUCACUAUGUUCAGAUUUUUUAAAGGAACGAGUCUUGUUUUAAUACAGAAAACAGUUUUUGUUUGUUGAAGAAAAAAAAAAAUGUUGGUAGCUGUAUCUCCAUGUGAGAAUCUUCUGUGUAUGUGUAGCAACUCCUCUUAUCAAACCGCUACAGUUUACCACAGACGGUGAGCAAUUGAAUCUGUUCAGGACUCUGCACUCCAAAUCUACGGAAAGCAAGAUUGUGUUUGUUAGUGUUGUAUCAUAAAACGGAGAUUGUCAAACUUUGUUCUAUGCAUCCUACAUUACACCGGGUUUGGAUGAGUCGUGCUAAUGUUUUAGACGGGAGCUGUGGUUGGCUGAGUGUAAUUUCUGGAUGAAAAUGCUUCAAACUUCUCGUAUUUCUAGACACUAACCUUCUAAAACUUAUACUAAUUAAAAGCAAAUGUGGCUUCAUAGUUUCUCUGAGUUUUUUUUAAACUUAGAAAUCCUAAACUUUUAAUCUCUCACAAUUUGACAGUAUACUCGGAGUAUUGUUUUGUUUUGUUUUUUUGUUUUUUUUUAAACUCCUUCCGUGUUUAGAGAUGAAGGAGACUUGAACUGAAGGAAAUAUGGGUUUGUCACUCAGACAGAAAUCUGUGCCGGCCUUUUUUACAAUCAAGCCCUGCAGAUUUUUUUUCUCAGCAAAGGUUGGACUGUGCAGAACUGAGACACGUCUGUUCUCUGUCAUGGUGAAUUUGUUCGUAAUUUUCUCGGUGGGAGGUGUCGGCAUUGAAACAAAGCGCUGCGUCUGUUUCAUCCAGCGUGGCCAGCAGCUGCGUGCGUGUCAUCUGUGAGGUAAAAUGUUGUCUGUGAUUGUGUGUGUGCACUCGUGUUUUGUGCAUGCGUUGGCAAGUAUUAAAGUGUCCGAGUGCGUCCGUCGAAUACUGUAAAUGACCUUUGUAUGAUAGUUCCCCCCUUGUACUUGUCUUAUGAAGAGGCCGGUUCUGCCUCAGCUCUUCAUUCCUUUCAUUACUGAUGUAAUUUGUACAUUCUUCUUAAAGAAAGACGCUGUAAAUAGAAACUGAGACCAAAAUACACGUCACACGUGUGCCUUGACGCAUUCAGUAGCAUGUGUAUUGGUAGUUUUUAAACUAACUGGACUUACAGUAACUUUGUAUCUCAAAACAUGACAUUGAAAUCUUUGUUUCAUUCUUAGUUAACUUGUAUUUUUCAUUCACAUUUCCUACCAUGUGUAUGUAUAGAAAGAUUGUCUAUUUUAUACUUUUUGCCUUUUCUUCUUGAUUAAAAUAAUUCUCUGUUCUAA